AUGUAUAUCUCGAACUUCUUCGUCACCGCCCUGGCGGCCACCAGCACUGCGCAAGCCUUCACCCUCAAGGAGAAGGCCCACAACGCCGGUGAGGUCUCCAAGCGCACACUUGGAAAGCUCUUCGGUACCCUCUCUGGAAUCCUCGGAAUCAACACAGCGUCAGAGCAAUGCCCUGCUGUCUGGAGUGAGAUCUCCACCCAACUCACCGCACAAUUCCUCGCAGACGGUCAGUGUACAGAUGCUGCUCGCGCAGCCAUCCGUUCAUCCUUCCACGACUGCUUCAACGGUGCCUGUGACGGAUCUCUGAUCCUCGCCGACGAAUGCUCCAACACCGAAAACAGGGGUCUCGAGCGUCUCUGCGGUAACCUCAAGACCGUUCAGGCCAACACUGGUGUCGGUAUGGCCGAUCUCAUCCAGUUCGCCGCUGCACAUGGCGUCAAGACCUGCCCUGGAGGACCUACCAUCCCCGUCAAGGUCGGUCGCAAGGACUCGAGCACUGCAAAUGCUCUCGGUGUCCUUCCCUCUGGCUUCGCCAAGGGUGGCGAUCUCAUCAAACUCUUCGCAUCCAAGGGCUUCUCCCCCGUCGAUCUCGCCGCCGUCCUCGGCGCUCACACAGCCGCCAAGCAGCGCAUCACCGCUCCCGACCAGCCUCAGGAACUUGACACCUCUGUCGGUACAUGGGACAACAAGUACUACUCCGAGACCAAGAGCGGCAAGGCGCCGUACACCCUUCCCGCGGACAAGAGCGUUGCUCAAAACCCUCUUACCAUGUUGCCUUUUAACACCUUCGCACUCAGCAAGGGCGCAUGGGAUCUCGCAUUCGUCAGCGCGAUGACGAAGUUGAGCAUGCUCGGUGUUGACCAGAAGGAUCUUAUUGACUGCACGAGUGCGCUGCCCGGUGGUAGCAAGAAGAGGGACGUUAAGAACAGCAAUGUCUUUGACCGCUUCAGGUUUUAG